AUGGAGAACGAACCGCCAAUUAUCUCGGUACAGGAGGAUGGCCGGGGUACCAAAAGGGGCCGGAUAAUGGGGAAGCUCUUCGGCCGGGUGAAGGAAGACCGCGAACGCGACCGGAAGCCUUCUCACGACAACACGGGAGCGUCUGGAGACCUGAAUGAUUUCUUCCACGGCUCAUCAGACAAGUUGCAAGUGGCCCAUCCAGGGCCUCCCACGCUUGCAAAGCUCGACACAAAAACUGCCGGCAGUACACGAUAUCCCAACUCUCUGAAUGUGCAGAGUCCCACCGACCCUCGACAUGAUUUGGCUAUCCGGGCACGCUCAUACAGCCCACGGAUCCGCAAAAACAAAGGCCUGAGCGUAAAGUUUACCGACGCGUACCCCGAAGUUAUUGGGCAUGGCGGCGACGAGUGCGAUGUGCCCACGGUCGAGAUCUCGAAAAGGAAGCAAGUCAGGUCACCCAUGCCUCCGACCACAACUGCGCCUGCUUGGUCCCUGGAUGGGGGUGGAAGACCUACUGGGUCACCGGGUGCAGCACAAAAGAACGAUCCAUCCUUUACACCAGGACCAUUGCGACGUACACAAACUGGGUUUGCGAAUAUACCCGGUACUGGGGAACAAGAGCUAGCAGAAAACCACAGUCCCCAGCCCAGGCCAAGAGGCAGCCCAGCAACCAAUCCAGACGAGAAGCGCCGUUCGUUCAUCGAGCUGCAUCAAGCUGAGAUGCGGGAAGCAGAAGGACAGGCCUUUGCCAAUGCAGUCCGCUCGGCAAGCAUAUCCUCGCAAGCUACUCGAACUUCCGAGCGGCCACCCCUUUCGGCCACUAAUUCAACGAGUCGAGGACAAUAUACCGAGUCUCCAAGAGAUGUUAACCUUCCUCAACUGUACCAGCCAUCACAAUCGGACUCUCUUAGUCAGCCCACAAUUCCAACUUCACCCCGGUCCAGGCUCGGGCCUUCUCCCAUACCCGCCCAGGCUCCUCGCUCUCCUCAGACAUACACUACACAACACUCGCCGCUGCAUAUGCAACCGCAGCCGAGCCCGCUACCGACAUCCGGUCUGACACCUGGUUUGGAACAAAGUCCACCCACCAGCUUCAUCAACCAGUUUGGAUCAUUUAGAUCGUCGGGACGGUCCCUGGAGGGGGAGAAUUUUUCACCAAAUGCAGCGCAGCAACCACCUACCCCAGCAUGGAACCAUGACCAGAGUGCAUUAGACGAUGCCCUGAGUACUUUUGCUACCCGGAGUACCCAUCUCUUCGAGCUAUUUCGUCUACACUCCGAGAGUGUGCGACCCUUGCUGUCAUCGACACCCGAACAACUCGUAAGGGCAGCGUUAUGGUGGUUCCUCACCGGCCGAAUGGCCCUGGAAAAUGCUGUUCGCGAACGGCCGGCGGGUCUCGAAGCUGAGCAGAGAAAUAGCUUGGCUAAACAACAAGCUCAUGCUGACCUUGCCAAAGCGUAUUGGUUAUCAGAAAAGAUGGUUCCGGAGAUAUCUAACAGCACAUCCGCCCUAGUAGAUGCGGAGGUAGAAGAGGUGCGAAAGGUUCUUGCGUCCAACCUGCGAAAAUUGGCCGGAUCGAUGCAGAGGAACGGUUUCAUGCCACCCGAGGAAGCACUCCUGCCUCAAGCGAUAGACAGGUCGAUAUGGAUAGAAUAUCCUUCCUUGACUCAGGAUAUCAUCUCCCUUCUUUGGGGGUCUUCGAGUUCAGCGCUCGCUUCAACGCAGCAGCACCAGCCUGGGAUUGGGAUGCUAGACGCACUUCCAUUGGGUGACUCCGACAACUUCUUCUCCUUUGGGCGUUUCCGCAUCGAGGCAUUCUUAAUGGAACAAGGGAGAGAAUCGCAGAGACUUCACUUUCCAUGUUUCUUAUCCAUAUUGAGGCCACAGAAACAAGCGGAUAUCAUGUUCGUCAUCGCAAGCCAAAAUGAUUCUGUUCAGCUUAGAAUAUCUGGUGAUAAAAGCCUGGGUCCCGUGUGGGAGGACGUACGGUGGCGCCCAGAAACACUCACCCUCGAUGUAAGAUUACCCAGAGGGUUUGCUCUGGUUCUCCAAUGCUCGCAGGGUAGCUUCAAAACGCUGCGAAGCAUGUACGAGUUCAGCGCAAAGGUCCAUGCAAGCCUUUACGCGAAGCCAGACGAGAGGUGCCUAUUCAGAUCCACUCUUCGUGCUUUUCAGUACGUCGACAAUGACCCACAGGCCAGACAGUUUCCGAGGGAAGCGACGCCUGGAUGCGAGCUUGCCCUGUUUGAGCGCCUUAAGAAAGAAGGCGCGGCAACGGGGCCUCGAACCUAUCAUCGCGGAUAUCGAAUUGCGGUUGUUACAGGACCAAAGGUCAAGACACUAAGCGGCGUCAAUCAAGUGUACACUCCGCAAACACUCAUCCAGCUCGGCUCCUGUCGCAAUGAGGCAAACGACCCUGCCCUUUCCCUGAAAUUUGAGAAUGGCCGACUUAAGGGAAGCAUGGUGUUGUCCUUCAAGGAUGAGCAAGAAAGGUCGCAAAUGCACAGCCUCCUCAUUGGGUCAGCACUACAAAAGGAUGAAGAGGUCUUUUGUGAGGUGCCGCUGAAGGUCGUCUGGUUCUCGGAAAGAUACGGCGAUUCGGCACACAACGGUCUCAAGCAGAUGGCUGGGUUGAGUUGGCAAAGAGUCAAGGUGAUCAAUGACGACAAUGAUGGUGACCGGCCACCAUGUGUUCUUGCUGAUAAGCUUCGUGCGGUGUACGACUUCCAGGACGGCACAUUUACUGACAGGAUCAACGUCGCGCCCGGCGAACUGCGUCUAAGACUGGACGUACGUAACCCAAGUUGCAUUAUGGUGUUCCGCCAGCCCCAGGCAGACGCAACUCUGGCAGUUACGGAUCCAAAGAUUCCGCGUGAACUAUCCGAAGGAAUGGCCGAAUGCCUGGAAGUCCUGCAACAAUCUCCCACCAUCAGAACCUACAUGUUCCCUAGUGUCGGGGAACUCCAUGCCUUUGAAUCAGCUAUCACCGGCUUCAAAAUUCUCUUUGAUGGGAUUGCUAGCGCAUUUGCAAUUUCUCGUCGCCGUAUGGUGGUUCCGAUUCACAAGAAAUGGGAGGCAGGGUCAACCCGGAUCCAGAUCGUGCAGCAAGACGGGGUUACGCAGAUGUUGACUUUCUUCGAGAACUUCACCCAUGGCCAGUGCAUGGGAUUCACUCUAAAAGGAACUGACAUCUUUGAGGCGUUCAACAGAGGCGGCAAGGCCGGGCUCAAGAUUGCCGAUGCCAAGUUUCCCUUACCCAAAGUCUUGCCCCAGAAUGUCACCGACGCACAGGCGGCUGCGGACACGGCAUUCUUGUGUCUAGAUCUACCUGAGCUCCCGGGAGAACAUGAUGACAUUACCAUAUUGUUUGAUAGUGAAGCGGAGCGUGACAAGCUCGGCUUGUGUCUCCCGGCACCUGUGAAGGGCUCUAGAUUACCAAAGAAAUAGGAGACGACGGGAGAGCUGGAUAACGUUGGGAGACUGUGCGCGAAAGAUCUGGAGGAUAAGCUUCAAGCUGUUCUCGAUCGGAGUUUGAAGCAUGAGAUACCCUCUAUCAUAUCUAUUUACAGUAACAGCAGUCGUUAGCGUUGAGCAUUAUGACGGAUCCGUAGAACAGAGCACUCGGAGCAUGGAUUUGGAUGAUCGGGUUGGGACGUGGAUAAUCGGGGCCAAAGUUCACUAUAUUAUGCGGUCACUAUUUUCAAAGCCCAUAAUAAGGACUUGGUUGACAAAGUAAGGAUCAGAGCAGAGCACAUAAACUCAUUCACUCUGCAAACAUGCCCGUGAUGAGGGGGGAAGGUUUUGGAG